CGCAACCUUUUAAAACAGAGCUAUGAAAUCGGUAAAAUUAGAGAAAUUUUGAUUCGAUGAUGUUCGUAGACAUGACACUUUUGAAUUUUUUUUCGUUUGUAGGUAGUUUGUUUACAAAGCAAAUUCAUCGUCUUAUGUUGAGGGACGAUUGAUCGCUCUCUUUGGUGCACAUCGUACAAAUCGUUCACAUCAUUAGAGUAGAUUAGAGUAGCUCUACCAUUUGAGUUCCGACAGGAUCAGUCUUAAAAAAACUAUUUAUGUAGAAAAACUCUUCCCGUACCUGUUGUGAGUUGCACCUAACUUCUAGCAAUGUACAGCGGCCGUUUUUUGAACUUUUUUGAAAACUUAAAGAUUUGGACACUGGCUUUUGAGCAUGUCAAAGUAAAAAGCGUAUAAUAACUCAUUUCUUGUUAUUUGGUUGCCUGGAAAAGCAAUAAAGGCUUAAUUGACAAAUCAGCGCCGGAAAAACACAAUGAAACUGCUGGAAAAUGUUUUAAAUUCUUCCACUGGCUCUGUAAUACGUCAAAAAAAACCUAUAGACUCCUAUUCAUCCAAGUCUCGAUCCGUUCAUGCUCCUGUUUUCCGAGAGUUCGUUUCCAACUUUUCAAAUUAUUAUCGCGAAUUACAGAGAAUUGGAACCCGAUCAGCUCUGAACUCUCAUCAGAACAAAACGAAUGAAAUAGUCUCAGACAAGUUUUCGGAUAGGUGGACGAGGUCUCCGAAUACGAGAGGAUCUUUUACUAUGAAAGGGGCUUCUAAUAUGGUUCUCCCUUUCUUGACACCGUCUGCAGAAAUUACUUUUACUUCCGUCUUUUUAUAUUCAUGUAACCUCAAUAUUUUUCUUUUCAAAGCGCUCGUAUCUAUCAAAAGUUAUGAAAAAACAAUGUCAGGCCAAUCUGUCACAAUCUCUUCUAUUUUAAAAUGGACUCUUUAUUGAUAUUCUUUAUAGAAAAUGCAGGCUGAAUUGAAGAUUUAGCAUGCCAGACAACAGUACAGCCACAUUCCAGUACAAUCUCUAUCACUACACUCCCAGCCUUCCUCUACUUAUUGUAGCAUGCAUUCUAUUCGGACUCACUACAAUCGUACAUAUUUAUCAGCUCUUGCGUCACAAAACAAAGUACUUUAUUCCAUUUGUCAUUGGUGGUCUAUUAGAAGUCGGAGGAUAUAUAGCACGAGGAAUUGGUCGAAGUAAUCUUUACAAUCUUGGCACAUACGUUGUACAGGCUCUCAUGCUCUUAAUUCCACCAGCAUUUUUCUCUGCAUCAAUCUAUAUGAUUCUCAGUCGUUUAAUACGUUUUACACGCGGUGAAAAAUUUUCACUUAUUAAAGUAACCAGAAUGAGUACGAUAUUCGUCGUGGCAGAUGUUGUCUCAUUACUUCUCCAAGGAGGAGGAGGUGGAAUACAAGCAUCGCGUGGGCUACAAUCAACUGGACAAGCAAUUAUUAUCUUUGGUCUCGCGGUACAAGUUAUCUCUUUUACAUUGUUCCUUACUGUAGCAAUCACUUUUCAAAUACGUAUUGGUAAAUCGGUUGUUGAACAUGCCACCACCAAUGUUCACAGUAGUGACAUUAAUGGUAGUGUUGAAUGGAAGCAGUUGCUAAAGGUACUCUACUUUUCUGGAUGUAUAAUCUUAAUUCGAUCCGCAUACCGUGUUGCUGAAUAUGCAACGGGCUUCGAUGGAUAUCUGAUGAGA